AACGGUUAUGAGAAUCCUUCAGUCCCCAAACCACCCAUAUCUUAUCGCUGUUUUCAGCACAAAAAGUACCAUAACUCAUGGUUAUUUGUGUCAGUAGAACUAAUAGUGCUCAAGGAUGUCCAUAUGUGGCAUUGGCAAGGAGAACACUUCUCUUAUCCUCUGCCCUUCUUUUAUGAGGACAAAUUCUAGCACUUAAUUUAUUUAUGUAACUUAAAAAUUCAGCCCGCCCACAAUUUCAGUACUCGGAAACCCUUUCUUCACACAACCUCUCUUGUACUAACAUGAAGAGGCUAUCCUCGCCGGAGUCCCUCACUUUGGCCGGAAAACCGACACAAUUCGCGUCGGAAUGCUGGUUCAACGACGCAUGCAUCCUUGACAUGGACUACUUCGUCAAGACACUCUCCGACAUCAAGGCAAAAGGCGUCCGGCCCGACCUAAUUGGCUCCAUAAUAACCCACUACGCUUCGAAAUGGCUACCGGACCUCUCCACCGACAAGGCCGAGAAGGGCAUAACCAAUUUUGAAUCAUCACCGGAGAGUGUGACGGCAAUGUGGAUGAAAAAAAAGUUUUUCGUCGAAACCCUGGUCGGAAUUCUCCCACCGGAGAAAGACUCCAUCCCUUGCAACUUCCUCCUCCGGCUACUCCGCAUCGCCAACAUGGUCGGUGUGGAGCCGGCGUAUCUGGAUGAGCUGGAGAAUCGCAUUUCGUGGCUGCUUGAUCAGGCUUCAUUGAAAGAGCUGAUGAUACCAUCAUUUAGUCACACUUGUGGUACGUUACUAGAUGUAGAGCUGGUUCUGAGGCUUGUCAAUAGGUAUGUGAGCUUGGAUGAUCAAGGGGUGAGAAGUGGAGCUGCAUUGAUCAAGGUGGCCAAGCUGCUCGACUGCUAUCUGGCGGAGGUGGCUGUCGAUUCGAGCUUGAGUUUGUCGGAGUUUGUUGCCCUCGCCGGAGCUCUUCCCAGCCAUGCCCGUUCAACAGAUGAUGGUUUAUACCGAGCCAUUGAUACAUACCUCAAAGCACAUCCCGGUGUGUCAAAGCAAGAAAGGAAGAGUGUGUGUAGAUUAAUAGACAGUCGCAAACUCUCUCCAGAGGCCUCUCUGCAUGCAGCUCAUAAUGAACGUUUGCCGGUGAGAGCAGUCAUCCAAGUGCUCUUCUCCGAGCAAACGAAACUCACCAAACAGAUCGAUUGGAGCGGAUCAUUCAAUGGCGGCGCCCCAAGUCCCACCCUUGGGCUGGAGCCUCCUGCUCGCUGUCCGUCCAAGCGACGAAUGACGGCUCAACAAAUGGAGAUCAAGAAGUUAAGAGAAGAUAUUCUUAGGCUUCAAAACCAGUGCUUUUCCAUGCAAGCUCAGAUAGAGAGGCUGUCGGAGAAGAAGAAAGGGUUUAUGUGGUGGAAGAAGCUUGGAAUGCCUUCUUCACAAAAAACCAUUUACGCCCCCAUGGACAAGGCUGAACUAGUGGGAGAAGGGGAAGUUGAGCUAGGGUUUGGACGACAAACUCCAUCGGACAAGAAGACGAAGCUGGUGAUGAGAGGAAGAACUACUCCCACCAAGUGGAGGAGAUCCAUGUCUUGAAUUUGAUCAAUGGGAUUUCAAAUAUAUAUAUAUAUAUAUAUCGCUGCACUUUUUGUAUCUUUGCAAGCUGCGCGCUCAAACAUGUGGGAGUGUGUUGCUAAAUAUUAUAUGAUGGAACAAAUUGUGUGCCUCUAAUAUUGCAAUGCUUUUAAGAUUUUUACUUGAAACA